UACAGGCAUCAGCUCUCGUAACUCACAGUCACACACACUAGAGAUCUAUGGGUUCUGCAAACAAGACUCCAUUGCUGAUUCUCCUACUAUUUUCUGAUCUUUUUAUAUGUCAGAUUUUAUCUGAAGGCGUCACUAAGGAGGAGGCCAAGCAUCUCAGAGAUGAGGUGCGCAAAAUGUUUUAUCAUGCCUUUGGUGGAUACAUGAAGCAUGCAUUUCCACAUGACGAAUUGAAGCCUUUAUCGUGCGAAGGGGAGGAUACACUUGGUGGUUAUGCAUUGACACUGAUUGAUUCAUUGGACACACUGGCUUUGCUUGGUGACCGAGAGAGCUUUUCUGCAUCUGUUGAAUGGAUUGGUAAAAAUCUUCGAUUUGAUAUUAAUAAAACAGUUUCGGUCUUUGAGACUACAAUAAGGAUACUUGGAGGCCUUCUUUCUGCACAUCUUAUUGCAAGUGAUUAUAACACGGGCAUGCGAAUACCCUCAUACGAGGAUGAAUUGCUUCAUUUGGCUGAGGAUUUAGCUCGUAGAAUGUUGCCUGCGUUUGAUACUCCUACAGGAAUCCCUUUUGGGUCAGUAAAUUUAGUGCAUGGAGUAGAUGAAAACGAAAGCAAGAUAACAUCAACAGCCGGUGGUGGGACACUGACAUUGGAAUUUGGGAUGCUGAGCCGUCUGACAAAUGAUCCGAGUAAGAGAUUAUGGGCACGCCGUUCAAGAAUCAAUUGUUGUGGUGCUAAUUUUUCAAUGCUUGGCUUGUUGUGGGUAGUUUUUGAGGAAGUCACGAAGAAUGCAGUGCUAGGACUAUGGGCACGCCGUUCAAGAAUCAACUUAGUUGGUGCUCACAUUGAUGUUUUUUCUGGAGAAUGGACUCAAAAGGAUGCUGGAAUAGGUACCAGUAUAGACUCUUUCUAUGAAUAUCUACUCAAGGCUUAUAUAUUGUUUGGAGAUGAAGAGUACCUUUUCAUCUUCCAAGAAGCUUAUAGGGCUGCAAUGCUAUAUCUUCAUAAUGAUCCUUGGUAUGUGGAAGUGAAUAUGAAUUCUGCUACCCUUGUUUGGCCAUUAUUUAAUAGCCUGCAAGCAUUUUGGCCUGGCCUUCAGGUUCUGGCUGGGGAUAUCGAGCCUGCAAUAAAAACUCAUGCUGCCUUCUUUAGUGUCUGGAAAAGAUAUGGUUUCACUCCAGAAGGUUUUAAUUUGGCCACUUUUAAAGUUCAGCAAGGUCAGAAAAGUUAUCCGCUGCGUCCCGAAUUAAUAGAAAGUACGUAUUGGCUUUACAAAGCUACUCGAAACCCCAGAUUUCUUGAUGCCGGAAGGGACAUGCUUGCUAGCUUGCAGUACGCCGCUAGAUGCACUUGUGGAUAUUGUCAUAUUUCAGAUGUAGAGUUUCACCAGCAAGAAGAUCACAUGGAAAGCUUCUUUUUGGCUGAGACUGUCAAAUACCUGUGGUUGCUAUUUGAUUUGGCUGCUGGUCCAGAUAACUUGGUUGAGAAUGGCCCAUACCCGUACAUCUUUAGCACCGAAGGCCACUUGCUUCCUGCCACUCCGCAAGUAUCUCUAGUUAGUGAACAUUGUAGCUAUCUUGGAGCAUACUGUAGAAGCAGCAACUUGAGACAAGAAACCUUCUUUUCAGAAGCUGCAAGGGACUCUGCAGCCACAAAUAUUUCAGAAUCUCUUACAAACACAGAUGCAAAGAUUUUAUCACUCUCUGAUUCACGAAAAUCACGCUCAUCAGGAUUGAUCAAGGGAUACUGUCCUGGACUAACUCCUGCGCAAAGGUACGGUAUAUCAUAUGUUGCUUCUGAUGAUAGUCCUGGGGAGGAGUUAUCGAGCACAGAGCCGGAUACUGUGGUUCAAAAUGCUUCAACAGCCUUGGUGGUUUCAAAUCAAAGUUCUGAUUCUCCAGCUUCAGAUGCUGAUGAUGAUCAUAAACCCAGGGAGGAUCAGAGAGCACCACAGCUAGACGAUGAAACUUCACAAAUCGUCAAUGUAACAAGCAAGGAGGAGGUGUGAUUCAGUGGUGUAUUGUCAACUUUGAAGAUGCUUAACUUAAGCCAGGGUGAACGUUGCUUUGCCUCUGGAGAGCUUCAGUAAGGUGGAUUAGACUUGGCUAUCUGGCACAAAGUCGACUGGUGUGAAAGCUGGAAAAGCUGACGUUGAACACACUCCUAUCUCACUGGUGAAAGAUACUGAACUUCAAACUCUUAUCAACAACCUGCUAUACCAUGUAUGUAUACUACAUGCUAUUUAAAUUAAUAGUGAAAAUGUUGCGGACCGUACAUAGGACACUUGAUGCUAAAAAAAACUUAUGAAUACCCAUGCGACUGCAGAUAGGAGUUAAGCUUCAACUGUAUAAGAUAGAAACACAUAGUUAAACGGCGAUCUAACCUUAAUUUUGCUGUGCUUCAUCUAAAUUAAAAAGACCUUAGCUGAUAUAGUUCAAUGUCAUUUUUUUGUUCAGAUUCCUAGUUGAAUUGUGUAUCUAUCUACUCAAUAUCUGUCAAUGAAAUGUAAUCAUCAGUUUUGCCUUGUUCGUUGAAA